CGGGAGCGUGACGGAGGCGCUUAGAAGCGCUUAUGCAACCGGCUGACCUACUAACACACAUUCGCCUGGGGAAAGAAGUAGGGCGGCGGCGGCAGCAAAGCUCGCGAAAGACGCGCGGCGACUCCUUCCCGCGCUGGAGAGGUGGCCGAGGGGCGCCUGGAAGAGGCGUUUCUGCUGCCUUCUGGGCCUGACCCAGCAGUUGCUGUUGCUUCUCUACCCUUCCCACUGUGCCUCUGUUGUCCAGCCACAUCCUGGCUCCUGUUGGCUGUAGCAUUUUGGCAGCAGUCACUCUGGCAGCAUUACUGACCUGAAGACUGAGGACAGUAAAACUCUCCCAAGGAAUCUGGAGACAGUCCCUUUUCAGCAGGGAUUUGGAAGAUGGUCUCCUCGUAUCGGACAAUUCAUUUUCCAUUUAUGGGAGCCCCGAUCCCAUCUGACUGUAGCAACUGGAGGACAGCUCAAGGCCAUAUUGGAUACAGCUUCCCAGGCAAUACAGCUUGGUAACAGUUUGGGGUGCACAGCUGGGAAGGAGUAUCCUGUGGAACAGCAGGAGCAGCCGCCGCCGCCACAGUUCUGAGGAAAGGAAAUACUCCAGCAAGAGACAAAGUGCAUCUGGACAUUUUGACCCCUACUUCCCUCCCUUCCUCCACCCCCGUGAUGGAGAGUCUCGACUCCCCCACGUUAUGUGUGGCUCGGAACUUUCCCGAGUUCCAUCCCAACGGCAUUAUUCAGCGAGCGCGAACCCUGAAGAGCAAGCCGAAUGUCAACUGUAGGCGAAAGAGAGAGUUCAUCUCUGACGAGAAGAAGGAUGCUAGCUACUGGGAGAAGCGUCGGAAGAACAAUGAGGCUGCUAAGCGUUCCCGGGAGAAACGGCGUUUCAACGACCUGGUUCUGGAGAAUAAGGUGCUGGCACUCAACGAGGAGAACGUGCGGCUGAAAACAGAGCUCCUGCAGCUGAAGCUGCGCUUCGGCCUCAUCAGCACGACAGCCUUCAUGGAAAAGAGCCAGCAGCUGAGCACUGCCAGUGCCAACGCCCAAGCACACUUAUACGGUGUCGGCAACAGCAGUUUGUAUCCCGGUUCCCUGUCCCGAACCCCCCACUCAGAGGAUUCGUCUGAAACGGAGCAGUCAAGCCGGGACAGUGUAAGUGUAUCGGUAGCCAAGUAUUCUCCCCGGGACUCUCUCUCUGACCUGUCUGAUGGCUCAUCUCGCGACAGCCCUCUCCCCCAGAUGCUGGAGGAAGCCCAGGCCAUCCACCGUGUCUAUGGGGAUGCCCCCUUGCAGCCUUACCCAGAGCCCAAGGGCUCGGUUCCCCGCAGUGUGAUCCUUUUCAGUGCCAAUGGCUUUACCGCAGUGGUCCCUCCACAACCCUUGCUUCCUGAAGAAGCGGAGCAGGCCGAAGGCUGUGGGAGUCAGAGUCCCAAAAGCCACUGUGGGGGGCCUGAUCCUCGCUGCCCCCAGGGGGAGCUCCAGACGCACUCAGGGUAUUGCUCAAAACCCCAGGGCUCUAGUGCUCCUGACGGCUAUUUGGAGGGGGAGCACAUCAAGAAAAUUGAAGAGCCUAGGUCCCCCUUUGAGGGUUACACCAGUGAAGAAAGUGAAGAACCCCCUUGGGGAUAUUCCUCUGCUGCCUUCCCCGUGCCGCUGGACACCCACCCUGACGUGAAGACCGCAGCCCUCCCACACAAGCUUCGACUCAAAUGCAGAGCACACAGCAGUGGGGUUCAUGAACCGUUCCCCGGAUCUAGCACUGCUCCAGUUGCCUGCUGCCAGGGAGCCUCGGCGGCCUCAGAUUGGGACAGUGACCGACACGAGGAGAUGUCAGCCCUGGUGCGGCAAGCCUUGUUUCUGAACGAGCCCCCCGCUUCCAGUGGCAACUUGGAAAGACUUUUGUGUCCUGGCUCAGGGCUUCCCUCGGAUCACACCGUCCCAAAGGACCAUGUCAGCAGGUGGGAGGAGGCUUGUCAUGAUGAUGACCCCAGGCCAACUUGAAGGAGACCUAGGUCUGGAUGAAGAUUUGGGAAGUAAGGAGAAGAAAUCGAACUGGUACAAGAAAGGGAUUUUACAUGGCCAAAUGAGCAUUGGAGAAGGGGGCCAUGGAUGACCUGGAACUGCUGACUUCAGAAUCUGGGGGGAAUAGGGACCAUGAGAUGGCAAAAGAGGAUACAUGGGUUGAGCAUGAGGGAUAGGGUGGGGGCUGCCUCGGAAAAAGACUUUGGAAUUACUAAGGUAUAGUGGGGGUUGGAAGUCCUGUUUUCUAAGGCUCCAGAAUUCAGUGUGUAGAUGAGACGUGUUUUGCUGGGCAAAUGCCUAAUGGUUUUCUAACUUGAUAACAAUUCUGGCAUUGUGAUUGACAGGCGAGUACCUAAAAGUUGGCAUCUAAUCCGUUCUGCACUGAUGUUAAAGUUCUUGGAUACCCACAAUAAGGAUGCCUAAAUGGAUUGUGAGGGACUGUAUUUUCUCUGUCAGAAAUUGCUUGGCCAAACCAAGUGUUGUGUGUUUUUAAUUACUAAAAUAAACCUACA